AUGAAUCUCCCCUUCCACAAGCGGGGCCGACGUCGUGGGCAGAGCAAGAGAAUCUGUCCAGCGUUGGAUGCCGCAAAAGGCAAACUUCGAGGAUCUCGGAGGGCAGGUAGCGGCUCCUUCACCACCCAAGACAUUGAUCCGGGAACUUUUAUUGGUGACUACAGCGGUCCAGUUGUUCUGGACAAAGAGUUUGCCGUCGAGAAUCCCGAUAGUAAUAUCAUUCGAUCAAUUGUGACGACGACAAAUCUUCGAGGGUCUUUCAUCAACCACGUUCCGGAUUCCAAACAAAUGCAAGUUCGAGGUACAUAA